UAGACUAGAUACCAAAUAUUGAUCAAUCUUGUAUCUAUCCAUCUUUAGGCCCUGUUUUUCUUGAGACCACCUCACUUAUUAGUAGAGUUUAUUAAGAAUUUUGGGGAACAUCAAUUGGAGUUUGUGGCUGCUUGUGUGUGUGUAUGUGUGUGUCUGUGUGUGUGUGUAUGUGAAUUUUACUGUGUAUGUGUUCAAUAAUAUACUUUGAAUUAGCAAUCUGUUUAGAAUGAUAUCUGAUAAUAAAAUAUGUGGAUCAAAGUUACUUGUAGCUUUACCUGAUGAUAUAUUUGCUGUUGUAACUCGAUCUCUCACUCCGAAAGACGUCUUUAACCUCUCCAUUUGUUGCCGUAGUCUUUAUGCCCUUGCAAGUUCUGAUAAAGUCUGGUUAAUACAAUGUGAAUUGCUUGGAGUGAUUCCAAAUAAAGAUCUUAUCGAGUGGCGGAAAGGGGUUCAUUCUUAUAGAUCCCUUUGUAGGUUUCUUGUUAAUGUGCAGCCAUUGAUUGGGAUUUGGGUUCACCAAAAUCCUGAACUUGGCAAUGUAGUUUAUGUCAUGCCUGGUUUCAUAUCUGUUGUUGGAUGUCGAAUCAUCCCACAAGAACUUGGCCCUUUAGGAAUUGAACAAGGCCCUAUUCUAUGGUCACCUGUGUUUGAAAUCAUUGGUGAUGUUGAUGGAUCAUCUGUUUUUCUUCUUCAUGGGAGAGAACGUGAAACUAAUUAUUUCUAUCCAGGUUCACUCAAAGGUGUAGACAGAAGCUGCAACGUAUUAUUACUUGAGGUUGAACCCCGGAAACUAACGGACGGGGGUAAGUUGGUCCAUAGCAAAAGCUUUGUUGGGAUUCCAAAUCCCAUGGAUAGAGAAUUUUCUAGAAAGAUUUGUCCAUCUGAACCCGGGGUUUCUAAGUCACAAAGAAUUAAUGGCCAGAAACCUCCUGUCCCAUUCAGUCGUUUGGCAUUUAGUGACAGAAGAAAAUUGAUUGAAACUGUGACCAGUCAGAUCCGUGUUGACAUGUCACAGCCAGCAGAUGGGUUAUCUUUUCCUUGCUCAGAAGGGGAAGAUUCUAGUAGAUUUUGUGAACGUCGAUCACGAUUAAUGCAAAUGUACAAGUGUGAUCCCAGAGAAUCAAAUUUGGGUGAAGUUAGAAAGUUUCUUGAUGAUUCUCAGCAUCAAUAUCGAAUCCAGAGUUCAAAAAAGAAAUCAUUUGUUGGGUAUUUUAGGGAUAGUUUCAAACAAAUCAUUGGAAAAUCAAGCUCAAUUAAUGGAAGCCGUGAACAUUCAAGAAGUUCUUCAAGCAGUGAAAACAGUAAGUAUGUACAAUUUCAAGAGUUCUUGCGGUCAGGUGAUACAAUAGGACUAACUUUGCAUGCUUCAACUGCAAGGUUAUCUUCUUAUAGAGCAUGGCCAAAUAUGCAUGAUAGCAAAUUUGCUUUAUACAAAUUGCCAGAACAGGAGCCAAUAAUUGGUCAAGAAUAUGCUGGUUUAUGGGGUGGAACUUUUGGUUGGCCUCCUGGGAGAUCUUCUGCUGACAAACCCGGGAAAGCUUUGUUCUUUUUGUUGCUUUCUUAUGCAGAAUCAUCACUGGGUCAGCAAGUUCUCAUUGGAACAAAAAUCUUGGAAGGGACCCACUAUGUUUUGCACCCGAAUGGAUCUGCUAUGUUUAUAGCAAAUAUAAAUGAGCCUUCAGCUGAGCCGUUUCCAUGGGAUUGUGAUGGAGAAUCAAAUUGUCUUGAUUUAAAAGAGGCCUUUAGUGGCGAGGGUAUCUCAAAUGGGUAUGGGUUUAGGUAUCCAGGUUCUAAGCCGGGCUCGCUCUUUGUGUUUGAAGACGGGAUGCUUGUUUUUAUGUGGAAAGAAUCUAGAGCUGUGUUGACUUUACAAAGGGUGAAUUUGCAAGAUAUGUUGAAAAAAGGUGAAAGGGUACCUCCUCUUCCGCCAAUUGCCAACUUUUCGUAUUUGACCAAGUCGUAUUCAAAUGUUUAUGCGGGUUUCUCAAACGCCUCGAAUCACACAUCUUCACCUAGGUAGGCUCGUUGAUAAAUUUGAUGUUGCUUGUGAUCCAACUGUACACCGCUUCGUUGAUGCCGAGCCUGUUGUACAUGGUUAAUUUAAGGUAUUCUUGUAUUGUGAGAAGCCUGCUCCUUUACUCCGUAAAAUAUUAGCAUUGAAAGUAUACAACAUAUGGCCUUAUAUCGGCUGAAUAGACCAUAUACAUAAAUAAACCCAAAUCUUGUGAUGCAUGUUAAUACAUAAGCACAUUGCUUUUAAACUGCUACAUGUUUUGAGCCCUAUUCUUCUGUUAUUCAACCAUGUAGCUACAUAUUGCAAGGAAACUUCAAGUUCCUAAAUUCCUACA